AUGCAUAACUUUGCAUAUCACCCUGGCGUGGCCAGCUGGGUCCAGUCGCUCGACAGCGGUGAUGAAGUCACUGAACACGCUCCCGAUGACUUUUACAAGUCUGCCGUCGCCCACACGCAUGAGGUACCCGAGCCGAACGACAUGACGGCCACUCGCCAACGCCAGCAGACGCCCAACGGAGCAGCGCGCUCGACCGCCAAACCGUCGAUAAGCUCCGUCUCCGGUCCCGCGACCUCGACCACCUCGACGCCGCGAUCGUCAAUUCAGCAGUUUAAUCGACCUUCAGUCAAAAGCAUGGCGCAGAAGUUCAACCAACCCACAUCGGCCGAAUCCUCCCCCCAAUCGACACGCGCGCGACCCGUUCGACCGCCGGCAGCUUCCGCAAACUCAUCACCAGCACAGCCAGGAAAAGAGGCUUCCUAUGGAUCGUACAAGUUCAACAACCUGAAGCCGCGAGAUCGGCCACAGCCUGCGCCUCCUUCUCCCGCCAGUGCUCGAGGUGCGAGGAUACAAAACGCACUGAUAAAUGGUAUCCCGAGCUCAAAUGCCCGCAAGACACCUUCAAGAAAGAAAGUGGCUUCGCCGACGCGCAAUAAGGAAAAGGGUCGCCAACCGUUCUUCGGCGAAGUGAUUGGAGCACAUGAUGCGGUGACGCCAGGCUUCGGUAUUCCUCAAGUUGACGGCGCAGUAGUCUCAACAAUGGCAGACCCCAGCUUACCAGCCCCUUCGCCCGGACCCCAGACAAUCAAAAUCGUGACUGACGACCUCCCGGCGUUACCUGAGAGCCACGCGGACGCUUUACCCCCACACAUCCAACCCUCGACCUCCGACAUGGCGUCGCACCGGCCAGUGGGAGAUGCCCAAUCACAACAGUCUCCUAUGUCGGAAAGUAGAAGGCGCUCUCCACCAUCGCGAAUACCAGUCCCAUCAUCACGAAGAUUUAGUGGAGCUUCGGAUUCGAGUUCUUCAACGCGAUCGGCGAGAUUCGCCCACUACAUGCGGCCCACGGCAGCCACCCGAGCACACGGCAGGACGUCUCCCACACGCCCAGCAAGAGCACCAGUGGGACAUUCCAACACGCCUUCCAAGAAGUCCAUAACGUCCUCAAGUCAACCCACACUAGCGGCGGCUUCGUACCGCGGCUACCGUGAGCGCGGAAAAUCGCCACAGGCCAAUGGUGGGUCCGGACCAAGUGUGGCCGCUGUCAUAACCGCUCCGCCGCCACCCACCUCUCCGCGUCUUCGCAACUCGCGCGAGCGCCAGCCCUUGCAAAGGACACCAGGCUCGCGGUCGAGGAGCGCUGAUCCACAUGGUACACAAGACUAUUUUGGCGAGAGCUACGCGCCGCAAGCGCAAGACCGAUCACACAUGUUGGAACCCGGACACGAGGAAAAGAGACUAUCAGUGAGGCGCGUUGAGCCUUCUGAAGAUGAAGAAGACCCUCAGGAUAUACCGAGCGUGCAGCAAGAAUUAGAUACUAGCAAUCAUCACUUGGAUUCUGCUCUGGAUACGCAACAGAGCGCAUUGCAUCUUACCACCGAGGGACUUUCGGUACCACCCGCUGGACGGCCUUCAUCAUCAGCGACGAGUUUUGAAGAAUCACCAAUUUUGGGAAUGCCUGGGAGCUUUAUGAUGACUCCGCCCCUGGCCCAGGCCGUGAAUACGCCUCCCCCAAAUCAAUCAUCAUUUGAGCAGGAGAAGCCUCAGGAAGCACCGACUCCUACGACGCCGCAGCUAGGUGGUGAAUUGCUGCAAGCACGGGCCUUCCAGCCAGCGAACAAGCGGAUGGGGGAGAUCUCGCGUGUAGAAGAUGCGCAAGACCAAUCUGAACUGGGUGUGAGGGAGUCGAUACCAAUUGCGCUCGGUUCAGAAGUCUCCAGUCCGGGAUGGAGCAAGGACACGCCAAAGCGACCAAAACACCAGACGCGACUGAGCAUUGGCUCCCAAACUUGGCGAGUUGAGCCUUUGGACGCUUCUGGAACGAUAUCUUAUUUGGACGAGGAUCUCGAUGAUUCCCCUAUUGAUCCAUUUGCCGACCGAGGAACACUGAUGCCAGGGGACUCGGCAAGUGUGGCAUUCUACCACCAGAUUGGCCAGCAACCCCCUAAUUGGGGCCCGAAAACCCCAGAACCGCAGAAGGACUCGUUUACUUUGGACAGCGAGGCCUAUAGCGUCAUCAAUAAGAUCUUGAAUGUGUACCACGAAUCAGAUACAAUCACUCCGCAACUCGCUCAAGAUUCUUGGGAGCAGGUGCAGGGUGUAUCUCCGAUCGUGGCUCAGCACAGGGAUUGGGGCUCGAAAGAGGCGACCGAGACGUAUCUCGCAAGAUUACUUAGCGAUGCUUCUGCAGGAAGAGAGGAGCCAUCAGACCGAGAGGCCACACCCCAUGCCGCACAGCACGCCCAGCAUGCCGUAGCAUCAGCCCCCAGCAUACGGCAACUCGCUGCAGAUCCAGACGACGAAGACGAGCCCUUCCCCGGCGGGACUGCCAUCAUCUUCCCUUCAGAGUCGAGACGGUAUUCGCGAGGCUCGCGUGCGUCGGUCACGUCUGCAACCACAACCAUCUUCGAAGGACCCAGCCGGCCCGACAGUUCUUCCGGCCUCUCAGCACGUGAUCGCGGCCACAGCAACGGCGUUGCUCACGCACCCAAUCCCCCGCCGAAAGACUGGUCCUCGCCGCUGGCCCAUGAGUUCCAGUACCAGCCGCUGCCCAACAUUGUCAGCGCAGGCGAGGGGCUUGGGCUGUCUUUGCAGCAGAGCCAAGAGCAGCCACACGGACCGCAGGCCGCGCCGCCAAAGCCGGCAUAUUCUCCUCCGCCGCCGCCGAACAUGGGCCCCGUCUUCAGCCGUCUGUGCCCUCCCGAUUCGGACAGCUUCGAUGACAGGCCCCUCCUCGACAGGACGCCUCCCGACUCGCCACGGCAAACGCGCAACAACUACGGCAGCACCGGUGGUAGUGGCGCGAUAAUGGCAGGCGUUGCUCCGAGCCUGGAGAUGGCGUCGGCCUCAGAGCCCACGUCGCCCACGUCGCCCACCCCUGGCUCGCCCGAGGAUACCGCUGAAAAGGAGCGCGAGAAGGCAGUCGUGAAGGUGCGGAGGCGAUACCGCGUCAUUGAGGAGCUAUGCAAGACCGAGCACAGCUUCUGCGUCGACAUGAUGGUUGCUCACCAGAUCUUCGAGGGCACUUCUAAAGAGGUACUAACCGACGAGGAGCGCAAGCUGCUGUUCAGCAAUUGCAAGGACCUCGAAAACUUCUCCCACAACUUGUGGAAGUCGCUGAAGGACGCUAUCCGGCCCAUUGUCAACCAGCUGCCGCCCGAAGAGAGCUCAGGCGCCGAGUACGAUGAAUUCGUACACUGCACACCGGAGAACGACCGCCAAGUCAAGGUUGGUGAGGUCAUGCUGGCGUUUAUACCUCGCAUGGAGCGCGUCUAUACGACUUACUACCUCAACUACGACGAUGCGUCCAAGUUCAUAAAGGCCAACGUGCAGAACCCGGAGCUGCUGGGCUGGGUAAUGGCCUGCUUCCAGCACUGCCCCAACCUCACAACUGCCUGGGAUCUCGACUCUCUUCUCAUUAAACCCGUGCAGCGCAUGCUUCGAUACCCCCUGCUGCUGUCCGAACUCAUCGAGAAGACCGUCCCGGACCAUCCCGAUCUGGCAAUGCUCAGGCAGGCCAAGGAUGCCAUCAUCAAGAUCGCCGAGCGCAUCGAUGUGGCAAAGAAGCGGCAAGAGACGUUACGAGCAGCAACGUCAGAGGGCAAGAAGCAGAAAGGCAAAGGCUCUGGCGACCGCAACGUCAAGUCAAUCGUGAAGGCUCUGAGGUGGAGCAAGGAGAAGGCGAAGACUCUCCAAGAAGCCGCCCUGAUCUUCGAGGAUUCACAGUACAACCAAGUGACGCAGAAAUUUGGCGGUCAUUUCUUCCAGAUCCAGAUCGUUAUUGCGGAUAUGGAUCAGUACUUGGCAUCCUUGACCGAGUCGACGGUAUCUCUCAAUGCAGUGAUGCUUGGCUUCAUCACAGUCUCUGAGACAGGUCCUUCAGCGAAUGCGGAGAUGGAGAGCACCUGGCGACGGUGGGCGAUGGCACAUCUUGAUCUCCAGAACAAGGUCCUUGACGAGCAUAUAAACGCAGUCAGGAAUCGUGUCAUGAAGCCCAUCUCGAACGUCUGGGACCAGUGGGUGGGCCCGCAGAAGCUCAUGGAGCAACGCAAGAAGCUCCUGAUCCAGUACGCCAAGUACAAGCAAGCCACCGACCGCAAAGAGAAAAUCGACCCUAAGCUCGAAGAGACCGCCAAGUCCUUCCUUACCAUCAACGACUCCCUCAAGCAAGAGCUGCCCAUGCUGUACGAACUCACCAAGAAGGUUGUCCGUCUUUGCUCGACCAUCUUCAUAGGCCUCUCCAAGGACUGGUACAAGACUUGCUCUAAGAAGAUCCUUCCGCUUCUCGAGGACGAGCCACAGCACACUACCUCGAUUAGCUACGACUUCAAGACUUACCAAGAGCGCUUCAAGUCUGACUUCCGCCAGAUGGAGCAGGCUGCUAAGAACCUGGCGAUCAUCAACCAUGAGCUUAUUAAUAGCCUUAGUAACUACAUGAGUCCGAUCCCCAUGGCCGAUGAUGCCUCGUCGCGCAAGUCUUCAUCCAGGCGAACUGAGUCGAUCGGCAGCGAGGUCUCCAUGAUCGACCGUCACGGCCGCAACCGCAACAGCGGCGGCUACAACAGCUCGCGCUCUGGCAUGCACUCGUUCGAGGGUCCGCCGCGCUCCUCGCCCGCCGCUACCUACGGCCCCGGUUCUGCCCCACCGAUCAGCUACAAAGACCCCUCCAGCUCGACCAGCGCCUCAUCCUCGCUGUUCCGCGAACGUCCCAGUUCAGAUCGUACGCACACCCAGCCCCCACAGGCUCCAGGCUCGUACACCAGCGAGUCUACCAUAAUCGCUGGCAGGCCGUCCAACAGCAGUGCGCGCAACCCCGCUUGGGCAAACUUAGGCUUCGACGGCGCAUGGGACGAGACAUCUUCGUUCGCCCCAUCUUUCGUCCAGCCCGCUUCCAUCGGCGCGUCUUUCCUCCAGCCGAUGCUUACACACUCCACCACCGCUUCGUCUUCGCACUCCCAGCAGCCCUCGCAACCAGGGUCUUCCCGCACGUCUGGCGUGUUUAACUCCGCGCUGCCCAUGUCGACCCGUAACUCCGCAGAGGAACUCCCCGCCACGCCGUCCGAUCCUGACGAGCCUGAGGUGCUUUUUCUGGCUGCUUCGCUGUUCGAGUUCAAUAUUGCGCAUGAUAGGCGGGAGGGCGGGAUUCCGUAUUUGGUGUAUGUGCCUGGGGAGAUCUUCGAUGUCAUUGGGAUGAAGGGCGAGCUGUGGCUUGCGCGCAAUCAGGAUGAUCCGUUGCGGACGGUGGGGUGGAUUUGGGAGAAGCAUUUUGCGAGGAUAUUGCCUGAGGAUGCGUAG